UUCUUCCAUUGUUGCUGCUGAUCUGCUCUCUCUCUGCAGCUCAGAUUCAAGCAGCAUCUGAUAAUGUACCUGGAGUAAAUUUAACACAAACUGAGUCGACAAGGAGAGAACCAACAAAUGUCUCUGAGCACCAACCAACAUGUACACAGGAUAUCCAUGCAGUGCUGAGAGAGAUGAGCGGCGUGUUGGCUGGACUGAAGGUUGAGAUGAGAUACUUGCAGCAUGAAAAUGAAGAACAAGCAAAAAAGACCAGAGAAUUGGAGCAGCAGUACCAAGCACAAUCAGCUAAGGUGAAUCAACUGGAGUCACAAAAUACGGAGAUGAAGCAACAGUACCAAGAACAGGCAGCUAAGCUGGCAGCUGAACUGCUCACCAUUAAAUCCAGAGCAAACACAACAGAAAACCAUGUGAACGCUCUGACAAGAGAAGGAGAAGUGAAACGAGUGGCUUUCUCAGCAUCUUUGCUCACUUCUGGCUCAGAAACUCUUGGACCAUUUAACGCACACACCAACCUGAUCUUCAGAAACGUUGUUACAAAUGUUGGAAAUGCCUAUAACGCAAACACAGGCUUUUUCACAGCCCCGGUGAGAGGAGCCUACCACUUUGAGUUCUACAUUUAUGGACAUGGACAUCCUUCACAUGGUGCUGGUGCUGCGCUGUUCAAGAAUGGAGACCAUGUUAUUCUUGCCUAUGAACAUCAGUCUUCAUUGGCUGCUAAUGCUGCUAAUGGUGUCACUUUGUUAUUAGAGGUUGGAGAUGUUGUAUUUUUGCGUCAGUGGGAAACCACAAGGAUUUCCGACACUCAUCAUAAUCACCAUAAUACCUUUAGUGGCCAGCUUCUUUUCACAUUGUGAGAGUUCUUCAGUUCACUGAUACUCAUGCACUUGAUUAUCAGAAUGUAUUGUUGCCUUUCAGUUUUCUAAUUGAUGUAAACACAGUCUUGCUAUUAAAGUUUUAUUUUCAGCUGCA